UUCAUAUUUUUUCCAAUGUAUAAUUUAAGUAUUUUUCGACGUUUUUUAUAAUUAGCGUUAUUAUCUUUUAGCUAUGAUUAAACUUUUUUAUGAUAUAUUUAUAGCAAAUAUAGAAGUAUCUUACUCAAUUUACAAUCUUUACUUCAUUGUAUUUUUUUUUUACAGUUUUUUAUUAUAUACAUCGAAAUUAUCCAAUGUAUGUACCAGAAAUAUAUGAUAUCGCUUUUCCAGAUCUUAACAAAAUACGCAUAUAAUAUACAUUUGAUUUUAAAAAUCGAAGCUGUGAUAAUAUUAUUAAAAAAUGUUGCAACGACAUCGAUUAUUAAGGGAUAAAAUACUUUUUCGAAUAUUGAAAAAUAAGAACCACCUCGCUAACAACAUAUGCGAAAAACUGAAUAACAAUGUGAAAAAUAUUGUAUUAUUAUCAGAAGAUGAACUUUGUGAACUAUGGCUACAUAUAAAAACUGUAUUAUUAGAAGCACAAAAAUUAUGUAAACAAACAUCAAAGAAUAAAGACAAACAUGUGAAAGAAUUUAAUCUUAUGAUUAAAUUAAUACGUACAAUAACUAUCAUGGCUCUUGAAACAAUUGUACAACGAAAGUUUAUACCCAAUGUUCUAUUACAAAACAUAAUAUUACUACAUUCUGCUGUGCUACCAAAUAUAAAAAAUGAACAGGCUAAAAAUGAAAUAUCAAAUUUGCUGGAAAAAUGGUGGAUAUUAGACAUGACAUGGAAAGAGAAAGUAAUAAGAAAUGUAUUGAAAUACCUCAUCCAAAAUAGCAAAACUUCAUUGCAACAUGUAAAACGUUUAUAUGAGAUAAGAUCUAGCAUCACAUUACUGAAAUGCACUGAAGAUGUGCAAGAACUACUUAAACUUGUUCGAGAAAAAACUGUGAUGUCCCUUGAAGAAGGUCGAAUGUUGAUAUUACAUUUAUUUACGCUUGGGGAGGAAUAUAUAUUGGGAAUUCAUAAUAAUGUAAGGGUAGUAUUACAAGAUAUUGAACACAGUUAUAUUCCUGCAUAUGCAGAUCUAUAUGCAACAGCAUGGUUAAAUGGAACUGAAAAAUUUAAGAAAUUUAUCGUUGAAAAUUGUUUACAAAAUAUUAUUUUGUAUUGUUUCCGAACAUACAGAGAUGAUACAGGAAGGGGAAAGCUUGGUAAAAAUCUGCUUUCAUUUGUUGCUGCUAUGCAUGAUAGCAAGCAUCAAGCAGCAAAAUUAAUGAUUCACAAUGAAUGUAAACCUUUACUUUGGCAACAUUUAAAGGCACAUGGGUCUUUCAUCAUAUGCAAUGCUGUAGAUAUUCUCUUUGCAACAAGUUCUGUUCAAUAUACAUGUACUCCAAGAGACAGAAAUAAAAUCUAUAUUCAAAGAUAUUAUGAAACAAUAACAGAUCUCUUAAAAGAUUCAGAUUCUGAAGUGUGCAUUGUUACUAUAAAAGGUCUAUUUAAAAUGUUAGAAAAAUAUUGGAAUCAUGUUCCAAACAAUAUUAUUCGGAACUGGUUAAACAUACUACUACGAUAUACAAAAAACGCCAGUAAUUCUGAAAUAAGAGCAAGCAUUUUUACUGGUUUAAAAAGAAUAUUAGUUAAAGAACGAUCUCAUAUGAUACUUAAAGAUUUUCUACCAAAUUUUGCAAACAGUAUUUAUGACGAAGAUCAAACGGUAUUAGAAGCGUUAAUUAAACUACUUUACCAUGCACAAAAUCAACUUGGAAUACCAUUCUGGAAUAUAGUACCCUUGACCUAUGUUCUCGAUCGCUUAGAGACUACUCAAGAUGAAUUUGUCUUGCAAGAAUUGGUAAAACUUAUGUGGUUACGUAUUUCGUCGAAUGGUACACAUCACGAUAAAAUAAAGGAUGAAUUAGCAUACAUAGGAACAAACAAUAUAAAUGCCAUUAGAAGAUUUUGUUUGCAUUCUAAAUCUGUUAUAAGUUUGAGUACAUCCACGAAGCUUAUUGAAACCUUGUUAUCUGUGAUAAGAGAAGAAAUGGAAUGUUUACCUGUAGCAAAAAUAUUAAACAAAAAUUAUAAUAAAAAAGUUAAAUUUAACACCAAGAAGAAUAAAUUCGAAAAUGAUUCUUCAAAUAGUUGGAAUGAUGACUUUGAUAAUUAUAGAAAUAUAAAUAUAUAUAUCGAUAUUAUUGCUAUGUUAUUAAUAGCAAAUAUUGAACAUAGUGACGAAGGAAUAUUGUAUAAAAAAGAAAUUAAUGUUUUACAACUAAUUGCACAUGCAUUACCAGAGCUUUUCAAGAAUUUCAGAGUAAGUAUUCAUAAUUUAUUCUCUAUAAGUCCCUAUAAUAUGUAUGUAAUCCUUUUUCAGGAAACACCAAUAAACGAGUCAAUAAUAUUUUUAUUUUCUUUAAUACCUCCGAAAUUUUUUUUGAAUAAAAUUGGUGUUCUGGAAAUGUUGAUACAACAACUAUGUGAUCCAAAUACUCCUGAUGAAAGUCUCCUUUCAACUGUGUAUGUUCUCAUGAAAUGGAAUAAGGGAGAUACAAUUUUAUUCGCAUUAACGAAUCUUUUUACACAAUCUUUAAAUACAAAUGCAAGACAUAAUCAGAAUACUGCACAUGAUUUCCAAAUUAAUGAGAAGGGUUUAGAAUUAAGUUUACGAAUUCUAAAACAUUUACUGCAUGUUGAAUAUCAGUCAGUUUUAAUGAAUAAAUAUCAUAAGGACAUACUUAAAUUUUGGGAAAGUUUACAUAGACUAAGAAGUUUUAUAGAAAGAGAAGUGAAUAAUGAGUGCAACAUAAAAAGUCUAGUAUCCAAAGAUAUAAUUAUAAAUUUUUUUAAAGAAUAUAUAUCAAUGAUUGCAAUAUUACAUAAAAAGGAUGUAUUUGAUACAUCAGAACAGUUUUCGGAGAUUUUAUUAUGGGUCAGGAGGACAAUAGUGACACACAUAUCGCACAUAAAUGUAAACAUUAUAGAAAAUCAUUGUACUUGUAUAAAUAUAAUAAAAAGUACUUUUGAUAUGUCAAAUUUACUACUGAAAGAGUGCAAUAUUACUCCGAAACUAUGUUGUGACGUCGUACUUUUAUAUUGCAGUUGUUUAUCAUCACCAAAUGGUAUAAUUUUUUUGAAUGACGCAUUUGAUGCAAUAAUGAUGUUAUUAGAUUUUAGUAAAAUGGCUUAUGACAAACAAGAACCAAAUUUAUUAAACAUUGUUGUACCAAAUUUUGUAUGUAUUGUAAUGGUUACUUUAACUAGAUGUAGCAAAGAUAUAUUACUUAAAUAUACAAACGACAGAAAAAUAUUGCAUAAAUUAACGCAAAAAUAUUUUUCCGUUAUUAAAAAUACUUUUGACGAUGAGAGUUCUUAUCUUUCAUAUAUAACUAUUAUGUUUAAUGCUGCAAUCAGUAGUAUAAGUAUGGAAAUUACACGUUUACUACAACGCUCACAUAUAAUAAAGGAAAAUAUUAUAAGCACACCAUUUCCUUAUUUAGCAAAAGAAAUAUUAAAAAUUAUUUUAAAUACAAAAAGAUAUCAAAAACUCAGUAUACAAGUAUUGACAAAGACAAUAACAAGUUGUGCGAAAAUUGACAUGUUAUCUUCCCUGAUAGUAAUAUACAAAAUGCUUAAAUCAAAUGAUAAAAAAGUUAUUAAUUUACUUAAAAACGUGACAUUAGCAUCCAAAGUACACUACCAAAAUCAAUCUUGUGAUACUCUCUUUGAUAGGUCUAUAAAUGAUGCAAUAGAUAUAGUUAUAAAUGCCAUAUUGAAACAAAAAUAAUACAAUUAUCAUUUAUGUAAUAACUACUUAUGUAAUUGCAAUAAGCUAAUAUAUCUACUGCGCGAUAUAUUUUCAUUUAAUAUUUUAUUAAUGAAACUAUAAAAUUGUAUAAUUUUAUAUUUUAAUUGUAAUAAUCGUAUAUGUUUAAAAGUAUGAAGAAUGUCUUUUGAUACUUUUUUAAAAAGGGAAGCUUUAGAAAAAGCGGAAAAGAAAAAGUAUGAAAGAAUAGUUUUGACCAGACAGGGAAGUAGAAAAUUUUUACAUUAGUAUAUCAAUUAUGAUACUGAACGUAAUUAUUAAUUACCAAUUAAUAAUUGAAAUAAGGAUUCCAGUUAGAAUAAUUAGAAUAAGAAAAGAUAAAAUUUCUAAAGAUAUAAUGU